AUGGCACCCCACGCAGACAACACGAGCCUCGUCUCUGACGGCUCAGGCUCGAACAGCCGCUUCCACGCCUCGUCGACGAAGCAGGCCAUUGCCACCGAAGAUGCUUGCGCCGCGCACAACUACCACCCCCUCCCGGUCGUGUUUGCCAAGGCUCAGGGCGUCAACGUUUGGGACCCCGAGGGCAAGCAUUAUCUCGACUUCCUGUCGGCCUACAGCGCCGUCAACCAGGGCCACUGCCACCCUGAGCUCGUCAAGGCCCUGACCGAGCAGGCCGGCCGCCUGACGCUCAGCUCGCGUGCCUUCUACAACGACGUGUUCCCCGUAUGGGCCGAGAAGAUCCGGGCAACAUUUGGCUACGACAUGGUCCUCCCCAUGAACACAGGCGCCGAGGCCGUUGAGACGGCAAUCAAGAUCGCACGCAAGUGGGCGUACCGCGUCAAGAAGGUGGAGCAGGGCAAGGCCCUGGUUUUUGGUGCCGCGGACAACUUCCACGGCCGGACGAUGACGGCCAUCUCCCUCUCGACCGACCCUGAGUCGCGCGACAACUACGGCCCCUACGUGCCCAAUGUCAGCGCCAUUGUGCCGUCCACCGGCAAGCCAAUCCGCUACAACAACGUCGAGGACCUCGAGGCGUGCUUCGAGGCACACGGCAAGGAUACGGCCGCAUUCAUCGUCGAGCCCAUCCAGGGUGAGGCCGGCGUGGUCGUGCCCGACGACGACUACCUGCCGCGCGUGCAUGCGCUCUGCAAGAAGCACAACGUUCUGCUGAUCUGCGACGAGAUCCAGACGGGUAUUGCGCGGACUGGGCGCAUGCUGUGCAGCGAGUGGGCUGAUAUCAAGCCGGACAUGGUGACGCUGGGCAAGGCCAUCUCAGGCGGCAUGUACCCGGUCAGUGCCGUGCUCGCGUCCCGCGACAUCAUGCUGGUCGUCGAGCCUGGCACCCACGGCUCUACGUACGGCGGCAACCCGCUCGGCUGCGCUGUGUCGAUUCGUGCGCUUGAGCUGGUCGAGGAGCACGACAUGGUGGCACAGUCCGAGAAGCUGGGCAAGGUGUUCCGCGAUGGCGUGGCCGCAUUCAACUCGCCCGUGGUGCAGACCAUCCGCGGCAAGGGCCUGCUGAACGCCAUCGUCAUUGACGAGAGCAAGUCCAAUGGCCGGUCGGCAUGGGACCUCUGCCUGCUGCUCAAGGAGAAGGGCGUCCUGGCCAAGCCGACGCACGGCAACAUCAUCCGCUUCGCGCCGCCGCUGGUCAUCACGGACGAGGAGAUCCAGAAGGCGCUGACGGUCAUCGGCGAGGCGCUCAAGGAGCUGCCGACGGCCGCCAAGGCGGAAGGCCACUGA